AUGAUUAAUAUAUUGAUUUUAUUUUCUUUAUUUGCCUUAACUUUUAUUUCAAAUACUAAAAAACUUCUUAUUUAGAAGGAUCUGUUAUAAACAAUUAUAAAUAAAAGAUGCUUUAUGGGAACACAACAAUAAUUUAAAUUUGUAGAAUCAUAAUUAAAAACUACUUUUUUCAUAAGUCAAUCUUUUAAUAAGGAUUGUAAUAAUUCAAUACUCUAAUUAUGGGAAUUAUCUGAAACAUUUUAGUACGGAAAUUGGUGUGGGAAAAACUAUGGAGGUUUUAAUAAUGAUUGUAGAAAAUUUUGCGAAAUAGAUUUAUUUACACCUAGUGAAGAUUGUGUGAAAUGUAAUUAACCUACUGAUUGGGUGGACGAAUAGUGUAUGUAUCAUGAUUUUUGUAUGACCAGAUUUGAAUCUAUGAGCAUUGGUUAUGGAAUGGCUUGCUCAGACUCUAUUAAUCUAGGCAAUCCUUUUCCAUCACCUUGUAAUUGUGCUUAAAAUUUAACAGAACAUUUGAAAUUAAAUUAUCUUUUUGAACAAUGUUAAUUAGAUGUANAUUUGAUGGAUAAAAGACUGUAAGUUCAUUUUUCUCAUAAAAUGAGCAAUAUAAAAUAAGAAGUUUCUCAUAAAAUUCUAAAAUUAAAGAUCUCUAUUCAUUCAGUGAAAAAAUAAACAUUUUUCAUCCAAAUUAUUAAGAUUCAAUUAAAUAUAAGAUAUCAUAAUCAAGAUUAGAUAAUUAACAUUAACAAAAAAGAUAAUUAGCUUAAUAGCAAAUAAUAAAAUAAUCUCCUGUAGUAAAUAUGUUGA